UAAUUUCUUUAAACACAGGAAUGUUUUUUUGUUGGCCAACAAUAAGAAUACUGUUCUGUAAGAAAAUUAGGUCAAAGUUCCUUUUCAGCCGCUCCGAAGCCGGCAUUGUCUAUCACAGUUUUAUUAUUAAUAAAACUUACAUUGUUUCCAACUACAGACAUGUCAAGAGUGCUUGUAGUCGGCGCAGGUCUCACGGGCAGUUUGUGUGCUUGUCUUUUGCGAAGAGAAAUGCUAAGUAAAGUGCAAAUUACUGUCUGGGAAAAAUGUCACGGAGCAGGAGGAAGGAUGUGUACCAGUACCAGCCCUGCCGACCCCAACUGCACAGCUGAUCUUGGAGCGCAGUACGUAACAGCCACGCCAUAUCACAUCGAAACACAUGGAAGCUUCUACGCGGAGCUGUCAUCACACGGCAUUUUAAGGCCGCUGGUGGCCCCUGUGGAAGGCAUGGCGAUGAAAGAAGAAGGGAUACGCAACUUCGUCACCCCGAAGGGAGCCUCCUCCAUCGUCAAGCAUUACCUGAGGGAGUCAGGAGCCGAGGUGUCCUUCGGUCGCCAAGUCACCCAUGUCCAGCGGAAGGGGCCAGGCUGGGAGGUGUGCGUGAAGGGUGGGCAGGCAGAGAGCUUUGACGCCGUGGUCCUCACAGUACCCGUCCCUCAGAUCCUCCAGCUGCGGGGAGACGUGCCGUCCCUGAUUGAGGGGAGUCUGCGACAGAAGCUCGAAGCGGUGAGCUACUCCUCCCGCUACGCCCUGGGACUCUUCUACAAGGCUGGCACCCAAAUCAACGUCCCGUGGGCCAUGAAGUACUUCGAGGGCAAUUCCUGUAUUCGCUUCAUCUCCGUCGAUGACAGAAAGCGUGAUACGGAGUCCCCGAGCAGUGGGCCGUCCCUCGUGGCUCACACCUGCGUAACUUUCGGCUUGAACCACCUGGAGAUGGCCGAGGGGGAGGUGAAGACACUCAUCAUGGCUGAGCUGCAGAAGAUCCUGCCCUGCCUUCCGGAGCCAGCCAGCGUCGAGGUCCGAAGAUGGAGGUACUCGCAGGUGGUGAACGUGGUGGAUGGCAGUCUGGGGCAGAUCACUCUUCACCUGAGUCCCUUCCUGGUGUGUGGGGGCGAUGGAUUCACACAGUCCAACUUCGAUGGCUGUAUCGAGUCAGCUCUGAGAGUCGUCGAGAUCCUGAAGUCCUCACUUUGAAGAUUGGGGGGUCUAAUCUGGGGGGGGGGGGUGUCUUCAUGAAUGAAAAGUGGUACAAGUUACCAGAAUAUCUGUCCUGGGAGGGUCAUUUGGUUCUCGCUGGGUCUGGAUGCUGGAAAAGGACGAGAUCUUCCUGAAACAUGACCUUGACGUUGAGGUCAAUGUCGUCAACCUCACAGUGACACUUUCACCCUUUCCUGCAGUUCCUGCACAAGUGUCUUGAUGUUUCUUCAUGCGGGUGACAUGUUUGAAAGUGUCCAUUACAUACUGCAGCAUGCGUCACCGUGGGGAGGGGGUGUGGAUUUGUCAGGGGGCCUCAAGGAGUGUCAGGGUGCGUCAGUGCUUCAGGCCUGCCGAUGAUUAGGUGCAGCAGCUUCUAAGUGAGUGUUCUCUACGUAUGUCUCUAUCGCACACAACCCAGAAAAUGAUAUGAGAGUUGGGAGUUUCGUCUACAGCAGGAAGUUGGUUCCCAUUACAGUGGCAUCCCAUCCAGGGCGUCCACAGUCUGGGCCUGGAGAGGCUCCAAAGUCACCCUGACCCUAAACUGGAUAAGCAACUAUGCAUGAAUGUCACUGUUUUUCAUGUCUAUUGUUUGUUGCUCUCUUUUAUAAACAAAUAAGAUAAACUUCACAUCUGACAGUGUUCUA